GACUAUCAACACGUUAUCCUUCGUCCUGCGACAACUACAGCCUGUUGAAUCUUCGAGCAGUUCGUUGUGUUUUGUGCCCGUGUUAUAACUUCUUACUUUUCUGGUAGCAUCAUGAUUUCUCAUUCAUUAUUCGUUUUUAUAUUAGUUCAAUCUUCAAUCGCGAAUCUAGAAGAUAGUUAUCCAGAAACUUCGGAAAAUAUCAACAUCUAUUCAGACGAAUUUCUAGAUCCUGACGAUUCUGAUAUUGAAAAAAAAGACAAUCACUUCAUGAGAUUUGGUCGGAAUUUAGGCGAUUCAAGAAACAAAGAAUUCUUAUAUGACGACUACAACGAUUUAGAUGUUCCGAUAAAAAGAUCAGGAAGUGAACAUAUAAGAUACGGAAGAUCAAACGGCAGUUAUUUCAUGAGACUUGGAAGAGAUUCGAACAAACUCAGGAGAAAUAGAGCUCAUUUUAUGAGAAUAGGUCGUGCUUUUCAAAAUCAUGGUGAACCUAUUCGUUAUAAACGUUCCGUAUCUUCUCGACAAGAAGAGAAUUCUGAAAAACCUGGUAACGAGAAUCCUAAAUGGCGUAGAGAUAUCUUCCUCAGAUUUGGAAAAAGUCCAUCUUUCUUGCGCUACGGAAGGAAGUAUGAAUCUAUAGAGAGUCUGCCUCCAAUUUUUAACACAAACCAACAACUCGGUGUUUUGUUGGCCAGACUUCUAGCCAGUAGAGAAGGAGGAAGGAACCCUUACGAUAAUGUCGCAUAACGGAAUCACAAGGCUGAAUAUUUUCUCGUAAAAAAGACCUAAACCUUAUAGAUACUCUAUAAAAAUGUUUUGGCUAAUCUAAAAUCAAAAAGGUAUAUAACUUGUUAUUUGAUCAUUUACUGAAUUUACUCCAAUAUCUUCCUGAUUCUAAUCAAUGUAUCUUGAUGAUUUGGGAUCAGACAGUAGUUACUUCAUAACAAAAAAUACUCCAUAGCUCAAAAUUAUGGAAAUAACAGUGCCAUAAUGUAAUGAGUAGUGUAUUCUAAGGAAAUUGUAGGAAAUUGUUUAUUUAUCAUUUGACUUGAUCAGAUAAUGUUAGCAAAUCUUUAGGGAUUCUCGAUAAAAAUCAGAAGAACCGUCACUAUUGAUAAAUAUCAUUUAGUAAAUUCCAUCGACUUGAAAGUUUUAUUUCGAUGCUGUUAUUAAUGUAUUGAGCAAAUAGUUCAAUCGUUUAUACAAUAGAUACAGAUCCAUAACGCAUAUAAUGUUAUUGUAGUUUUCCAGAUUUUAUGAUUCCAGAAGAUGUAACAAUGAAUGAGAGUGAUUUUGGGAAAGUUAUUUCUUUUCUUGACAAUUUCCACCAAGUACUUUUUUUAUCUAGCAUCUAUCCCAUUAAAUUUCAAUUUUUCUCUAUAUUGGUUGUAAUUUUUCAGUAAUGUUCUAAAAAUUGUGAUUUGUACCUACUUCUCGUAUCAAUUCCUUGUCACUUCUUAUCUUUCACAUAGCUUUUGUUGACUCAACUCAUUAAGAUUGGAGUUUUUUUCUUUUUUAUGUCUAUAGCUCAUCCAUGAAGUAAAAUAGUUUCUAUCUUACAAGAGCAACCUUCUACAAAUACUCUAAUAAUAUUACUACAAGAAUAUUACAAUUGAUUUCAAAGUAAACUGUAUGUAAUAUAGCUAAAGCCUCCCUUUCCCUAUAGAAAUCUCUAGAUACUAAUUGUAUCUUGUACAUAACUCGAAAGGUAUGGUCCUGAGUCUUAAGUUGAAAUAAUUUCCAUUUAUUUUAUAAAUAUUUGUUUAGUUCCAAUGUUUUUCAACAAAAUCAUUGAAAUCAAGAUAAGAUUGAUCGAUUGAAGUAACAUCAGUAAAAAUCAUAAUAAAUGUAUUUAUUUUCAAAAUACUCAAGGUUAUUGGAAAAUAAAUAAUUGAACCACUUUUCUCCUAAAACAAAACGUCGUCAAUUAUUUUAGUACAACUGAUUUACAAAUGAAAAUUCUCGAAAUAAGACUUCUCUGUAGUUUUUCAAUGAUCUUGGGGUAAACUUUUGUAUGUUCCAUCUUCUAUUAUAUAGGUUGAUGCUAUAAUUGAAUAUUUAUACGGAACUGUCUUUUAUUUGAAACAAAUAUUUCCAAAUACAGGGCAAAUCUUUUAAGGCAUAAUUUUAUUCUGCUGUAGUACGUUAGGGAAAUGUCCUCAGUUUACCGAGUUUAUUACUUCUUGUCCCUAUAGAACAUAAAUUAUAGAAAGUCUCUCAGUUUAAUUUUCUUAAUAGCAGCAAUUGAAAAUUAUCAAAUGAGAUAUGAAGUUCCUAUUUGUCUAUAAUAUUUUAUAAUGAGGCUUUGUAAAAUUAACGAAUCUCAAGGGAUCUGCUCAUAUGCUAUUAGAUUAAAUUGUGAUAUUCACUACCUUGGAAUGUAAUGAGACAUUAAAAAUGUAUAGGUAGCAUAACGAUUAUGACCGUAAUAUAUAGGACAGAAUUUGAAGAGUUAUGACAUUAAAUAUUCAUUGAAAUGAUUUGAUAUUAAAAAUUUAAAAAAUUAAUUCUACACAUUAGACACAAUAAUUCCCUAAUCUAAUCACGACACAUCUCACUGGGACUACCUCAAGUAUCGAACAUUUUUAUCAUUUAAUAUAUAUUCGGUGCUUGCUUACAUUUAGCAACGGUGAACACAAAUAUAGUAUAAUAAGCAGCGAAUAUUCUUUUCUACAUACGGUAAAAAAUACGAUAAGUAUGAUUCACAACUUCAGACUUAGUGUCUACUACCAUACACAAAUAGAGAGAAGAAAUCAUUUACUCCAGGUACCCGAACAAAUUGUGCUAAAGAAAUAUAUUUCCUGAAGAAGAACUCCAAGUAUUGUUCUCUUGAGUUUACAUUAGUCCUAUAUUAGACUAAGGAAGUUCUAUAAUUUAAGUGAAAAUAAUUCUAGAUGCACAUUAGAAUCUAAGAACGUGUGAAUUUCUUCCUCAGAAGAACAAUUCAAACAAAUUUCACAAUCGAGGAUUUAUUAGUAAAACAGACGUAUGCGGAAUAUUGGGGCUGAUUUUAAAUUAACUGACAAAAAUAUGUGAUGGUUAGAACUUUUCAUAAGGAGUUUUAUGGAGCAGAUUCCUUUUGAUACAGUUCCAUAAGUUCCACUACUAAUUGAUUCUCCAUCACGAAUCAAUUUUGAACAACAAUUGAGAUUACAUGUAUAAACAUAUUGAACUCGUUUUAGACUGAAUACCAGACCGUUGUCUGGAAAAUCGUUUGUUCUGGUUAACUCCAAAAUAAGUUCCAACAUCGUUAAACAUAAUAUCAAAUCCUAUUUUGGUCAUUUACGAAUGGGACAAGUAUUUUUGGUAUCCACAAUAUCCAAAUGUUGCAAACCAGCGUUUCCAAAUCAUAUAUUGGAAUUGAAUUUGAUUCUAUAUUCCCGAUUAUUGUAUGUUCGGAAAUAUACAUCAGUGUCUCUUAAUUUUUUUUUCAUUUUACAAAUUUUCUUUCAUAUCUCCAGAUCAGUUGCUGAAAUAGGAGCUCAGUAGAUUGAUAGUUGUCUGACUAAGGAGUAAGUUCUCUCAACAGUUAAUGCAUUGAUACUCUAUACUGUUUCUCUAUCUUUAUCCAGUUUUCAACAAGUUCAUUGGAUCAUCAUUAUUCUUAUAGUUUCUUUCGUCAAUUGUCAAAUUUCAAAAUCACCAUUGACAGAAUCUAGAUUUCUAAAUUCAAUAUAAUUUGAGAUAACUUUUGUUCUACGGAAAGUUGCCCAAAUGGAGUAUCGUAUUCUCUCUUUUAAGAUUUCAUCUAGACCCAAUGAAAAUUUAAGACUUACGAAUUCUCUAUCUGCCCUAAAAAGUAUGAGUGAACCUAUGACCUCAAGUUUUCUCCCUUUUCAUAACAAAAUUCGAGUCAUAUUACAACAGCGAUAAAAAAUAUGGAAAUAUUCCAAAAAGGAACAAUACACCUAUAUAUUCCAAAAAGAUUUUGCUUUGGAAAGAUUUAUCUUACUUAAUCCAUUUCAACAAAAUGGAAGAAUCUGAUCUUUUUGAGAGUGUAGUAAUCCAAGGGAAAAUCUAAUACAGGUAUUUUCAAAACGACGAAAACACGAUAAUUACAUUAGAAUUAAAAAACAUAUUAACAUACUGUUUUUCCUGGACACUAACCUUUAUUGUUAAUUUCGACGGAAACAAAUAUCGAUAUUAUAGUUAGAUGCUUUCUUUCCUUGUGUAUUCAUAACUAUGCGUAGUCCAUCUGCAUUUUGUCGAAUAAUACUAGGAAUAUCGUUUUGAUGUGAAGCGCGAAUCCUUACUUUUAUGCCUUACAAAUAAGCUGAAAUAAAAAUUCAUAUUCCAUGAACUGAUAACUCAUACCAAUUUCAUUUUCACUUAUACGUUUUUCGAAGAUUUGUCUUGUAUGGUAUAUUGUGUACAUCUCUAUAAAAUCAAUGUUGAAUAAUUUAUGUGAUAUUAUUUUAUAUUGGUUUAGGUCUAUUAAUAUUUACUCGAGUACUACACAUAUUCAAUUGUGGCUGGACAAUUGUAUAAUGUGAAAAUUAUUAUUGAUGUAAUAUUUUCUGUAUUUGAAUUUAUUCGUUGUAAAUAUUCAACCUCUCUUAGAAAAAUAAAAAGGCAUUAUAUUUACAAA